UCAUUUUGAUGUAUAUAUUUUGCUUGAUUCGUUGGUUUAUUUAGUAGUCAGUUUGAGAUCCUAAGAUGGCACUUGUACCUGGCCGUCAAAUUUAUCCAACGACCUUUUUGGAUUCGUUUCAGUGCUCUCGCUCACGAUUCAACAGUUCUCGCUUGCAAAUUUUUAGGUCUGGUUCGUCGAUUCCCAACAAAAAAUACAAUUUCUAUGUAGCCCAGAACAGCAUUAAACCAGAUUCCGUCCCAGAGGAAAACCCACAAAGAAGUCAUAAUUUUGUACUAAAAAACAGUCAUAGCAAGUGGUCUUCUGCCGGUGAAACACAAAUUUCUCAAUUUCCUUCUGAUGGCGGUUUCUACGGUCGUAGUUGGAUUAGUAAGUGGAAUGAAAACCAUCAACAGUUGCUCCCUAAAACGCCUCAAGCUGUGGUGGAUUACCGAAACAGUGAGGGUGUUUCGAGCGAAGACGACGAGCGGAGUAGUAGUACAACCACUAGCAGUAGUACAAUGGAGAAGAUCGUGGAGAAAUUAAAGAGAUUUGGGUAUGUUGACGAUAUGAACGAACGGAAGGAAAGAGUGCCAGAGAGAGGAUCUGUGGAAGAUAUCUUUUAUGUUGAAGAAGGUAUGUUACCGAAUACGAGAGGUGGUUUCUCAUCAGAACUUCCGUUUGGGGUGGGAAAUGGUUUUACGGGUGAUGAGAAGGUUCGUUUUCCAUGGGAAAAACCAUCUCCAAAGGAAGAACAAGAAGAACGGAAUUCAGUGAGGCGAAGGAGUAAGACCUCUUUGGCUGAAUUGACUAUUCCAGAGUCAGAGCUGCGGAGGCUGAGACAUUUGGCUGUUCGGUUAAAGCAGAAGACUAAGAUUGGGGGUGCCGGCGUUACUCAGGUGGUCGUGGAUUUGAUUCAUGAGAAAUGGAAGGAGUGCGAGGUCGUGAGACUCAAAUGCGAGGGAGCUCCUGCACUUAAUAUGAAACGGAUACAUGAGAUAUUGGAGAGAAAAACUGGUGGGUUGGUAAUUUGGAGGUCUGGCACCUCUAUUUCUUUAUACAGAGGUGUUGGCUAUGAGCUUCCUUCAAUGCAAGAAGCAAAGAAAAGGAUGCAGAAGACUAGUGAAAUUCCCCAUAAUAUCUUUGGAAAGGAAACAGGUAAAAGUAGUAGUGAUCCUAGAGAAUAUGGUUCGUAUAACGAUAAACAGACACCUCAAACCAGCUUGGCACCUACUGUUGAGAAGAAAAGAGAUGCAGAUUCAUUGCCAGAAAAGAAGUAUGAGCAUGAAGUGGAUGAACUAUUAGAUGGUCUUGGCCCUAGGUAUGUGGAUUGGCCAGGAAGUGAUCCGUUACCUAUAGAUGCUGACUUGCUACCUGGUGUUGUUCCCAACUACAAACCCCCUUUCAGAGUACUUCCUUAUGGUGUGAGGUCUACUCUUGGAAUCAAGGAAGCAACAGCACUACGAAGGCUUGCUAGAGUUUUACCUCCACACUUCGCCAUAGGAAGGAGCAGGCAGCACCAAGGGUUGGCCAUGGCCAUGGUCAAACUGUGGGGAAGUAGUUCAGUUGUAAAGAUAGCACUCAAGCGUGGUGUGCAACUUACAACUAGUGAGAGAUUGGCUGAAGAUAUCAAAAAAAUAACUGGGGGUACGCUUCUUUCUAGAAACAAAGAUUAUAUCGUCUUCUACAGAGGGAAGGAUUUCUUAUCGCCGGAUGUAACAGAGGCGUUGUUAGAAAGGGAGAGGUUGGCCAAGGCCCUGCAAGAUGAAGAGGAACAAGCACGGGUUAGAGCCUCAUCUAUGGUUAUUCCAAGUGCUGAGACAACAGGAGAAUCUAGUACUGCCGGUACUCUUGGGGAAACUCUGGAAGCUGAUGCCCGAUGGGCAAAAAAGUUAGAUGGUGAUAAUAAGGAUAAGGUUUUGCGAGCUGCAGAACUAGAAAGGCAUGCAAAACUUGUUAGAAAGCUUGAGCGGAAGCUUGAUCUUGCUCAACGGAAGUUAACAAAAGCAGAACGAGCUUUAGCUAAGGUAGAGGAAUUCUUAAAGCCAGUAGAACGGUCUGGAGAUCCAGAAAGCAUCACUGAUGAGGAGAGGUUCAUGUUUCGUAAACUCGGACUCAGAAUGAAAGCUUUCUUACUCCUCGGAAGGCGUGGAGUCUUUGAUGGUACAGUAGAGAACAUGCACCUGCACUGGAAGUACAGGGAGCUAGUUAAGAUCAUUGUAAAGGCUAAAACUUUUGAUCAGGUCAGAAAUGUUGCCUUGUCUCUGGAGGCUGAGAGUGGUGGUGUGUUGGUUUCUGUGGACAAAGUUUCCAAAGGGUUUGCCAUAAUUGUAUACCGCGGGAAGGACUAUCAUAGACCUGUAACAUUGAGGCCGAAGAAUCUCUUGACAAAAAGGAAGGCUUUGGCUCGCUCAAUUGAGCUUCAGAGGCGUGAGGCACUUUACAACCAUGUUUCAGCUCUGAACAGAAGCGUGGAAAAUCUAAGAUCUGAGCUUGAUCAAAUGGAAAUCAUUAAGAGCCAAGGAGACGAGGAGUUUUAUGCCAAACUGGAUUCUGCAUAUUCUACUGAAGAUGAAGAUACUGAGGACGAAGAUGACGAGGCUUUUCUUGAGUCCUAUGAAAGUGACAAUGAUGGUAGUGAUAAUAAUGAUGCAAUCUCAAAUUUCGAGACAGAAACAAACUUUCCUUAUGAUGAACAAAAUGUUGAUGGCAGUAGAAAUGAUGCAAUCCUGAACCUGAAUGUAGAAACAAACUUCCCUUGUGAUGAACAAAAUGGUGAUGAUGGUGCCGAUAAUGUACAUCACAACCCCCACGCAGAAAAAAGCGUCGAACCUCUAUGUGGAUGGCACUGGGAUCUUCUUUGAUGUAGUAGUGUUAGUGGACCAAAUCUAUAGAUCCUUCUUUUUGUGAUUGGUGGAUAAGGAACUUGAGCAAGAUUCUGAAUGUCUUUGGUUAUCCGACUGAUCUGUUGUGAAAAUCCUGUCCUUUGUAUUCAGUUUCAGUUCCUUUCAAUUGUUUUGAAUGAUUCUCUUGAAUCUAUGUAAAGUGCAGUUAUUGAAUUGCUUCCUUUUUUCUCCUUCAUGUAUCUAUGCAGAUUAUAUUUUUGUCUUUG